GUUGUAGGGCGGUCUUCUUCCUCCCCUGCCUUUUGCCAAAUGGGCUGCAUUUCUACACUUUCCAUCUUGCGCGCUCAAGCAACAGUUCUUUAGAGGCAGGAAGUGAACAUUUCUUGUGAUCUUCUGGUUUGAAAAACAACAUUUCAAGAUCCAAAAUGCCACAGGCAAUGAGGAUCAUUCUCCUGAUGUUGUUUGGACAAUAUGUUUACUCUCUGGAGGAAUGUAUAAAAUCAUCAGUGGUGUCAUGUGAUGAUUGCAUUAAGUCUGGACCCAGUUGCACUUGGUGCGUGGACUUGAAUUUCACCAAGCCUGGAGAGCCAGAAGCAGUACGAUGUGACACAGAGGCAAAGCUUAAGGAAAGAGGAUGUAAACAGAAUAAGAUAGUGAACCCACCUAGUGACCUUAAACUUAAUCGUAACAAACCACUGUCAUCGUCAGGCAGCAAUCCAGUUCAACUGCAGCCACAAGAUAUUGAACUCAGUUUACGGCCAGGUGAUGCCUUCACAUUCCAGCUUAAAUUUAAAAGGGCACAGGGUUACCCUGUUGAUCUGUACUAUCUAAUGGAUUUGUCCUACUCAAUGGAUGAUGACUUGAAGAAUGUAAAGGAUCUGGGGACAAAAAUACUUGUAAAGCUGAAGGAGAUCACCGGAACUGCAAGGAUAGGCUUUGGCUCAUUUGUUGAUAAAACACUUCUUCCAUUUACGGACACAACUGAAGAAAAAUUAAAAAAGCCUUGUCCAGCCAAAGCACUGGAAUGUCAGCCAGCGUUUGGCUAUAAGCAUGUUCUAAGUCUUACAGCGGAUGGGAAUAAAUUCACUAAAAUAGUCUCAGAACAGAAAAUAUCGGGCAACUUGGACUCGCCAGAGGGAGGUCUGGAUGCCAUCAUGCAAGUUGUCACCUGUGUGGAUAAGAUCGGCUGGGGAAACAGCACACGGCUUCUGGUGCUGGCCACCGAUGCUGGCUUCCAUAUGGCAGGUGAUGGGAAACUUGCUGGCAUCCUUGAACCUAACCAAGAGACAUGUCAGUUAGAUAGUAAUCACAUGUACAGCAAAAGCAACACUUGGGAUUACCCAUCGGUUGGUCAGAUAGCCAGGAAGUUGGAAGAGCAAAACAUACAGCCUAUUUUUGCUGUAACUGAAGAUGUGUCACUUAUUUACAAAGAGCUGAGUAAACUCAUUCCUAAGUCAGAAGUCGGAGUACUAAGUAAAGAUUCAAGCAAUGUGGUAAACCUAAUUGUGGAUGCAUACAAUAAACUCUCCUCAAAUAUAAUUGUGACCCAUGAUGCACUCCCAGAAGACAUAUCAGUAACAUACACAUCUAAUUGUGAAGGAGGAGGAAAGUCUAGUGAAAAGGGGACAUGCAACAAUGUUGGCAUUGGUAAAGAGGUGAUUUUUGAUGUGACUGUAAAGGCAGCAAAAUGCCUUGAUGCCUCCAAGACCUUGAACAUUGGUCCAUUGGGGUUCAAUGAAAAACUAAAGGUUUUGGUUACAACACGAUGCAAGUGCGAGUGCGACAAUCCAACUGGACUACAUGAGUACUGUAAUAAUCACGGCAGAAUUUUCUGUGGCACAUGCAGCUGCAUCUCUGGUUACCUGGGACAGCGGUGUGAAUGCAGUUUGGGGAUGAGAGAUGAGGCUGCCUUGAGAGCUCAAUGCCGAAAAGACAAUGGGACAGAGUGUGAGGGGCGUGGAGACUGCGAGUGUGGGGUGUGCAAAUGCCACCAAACUGAUGGGGGCAAAUCCUACUAUGGUCCUUACUGUGAAUGUGAUGAUGAACACUGUGAAAAGUACUUAAAUAAACUGUGUGGAGGUAAUGGAACUUGCAGGUGUGGAAAUUGUAUAUGCAAUGACGACUAUGAUGGACCAGCCUGUCAAUGCAAGAAAUCUAAUGAAGGUUGCCAGACGGGGGAAACCGUGUGUCAUGGGCGUGGCAAAUGUGUGUGCAACCAGUGUAUUUGUGAGAGUCCAUUCAAGGGAAUUCACUGUGAUGAUUGUACCGGGUGCAAAUUACCAUGCCAAGAGUCGGGGAGUUGUAUUGAAUGCGAGGUAUUUUCCAAAGGACAAAAAAACACCUGCACAGAGAACUGCAAGCACCUUAAAAUUUCGUCAGUAAAAAACCUGUUCGGGAAGAACUGCCAAGUAAAGGAUUCAGAGGGAUGCUGGAUGAGUUUCUCAAUGACUCGACUAGAUGGAUUUGACAAAUAUACUGUUAAAGUCCUCGAGAACAGAGAAUGUCCUGAGGGGCCGAAUGUUCCACUCAUCGUGGGAGGAUCUCUGGCUGGUGUGGCAUUGAUUGGACUUCUACUUCUCAUCCUCAUUAAGGCACUGUUUUAUUUUAAGGACCUCAAAGAGUGGAAGAGGUUUGAAAAAGAGAUGCAGCGCAGUAAAUGGGCACAAGCUGAUAAUCCAUUAUUUAAAGAGGCAACUACAACUGUUGCGAAUCCAGUAUUUACUGGAGAUUCUUAAGGUAGUAGAGGUGCAAUGAAGGAAAAAAUUUGAGUUCUGUAAAAUAAAUCCACUGUAGAUUCACUCAUCAAGACUCCUUUUCCAGUCCACAUUUUUACACCACUCUCUGUGCUGGGCAAUACGCACUGCUACUUGAACACCUGAACACAGUAAUUAGUGUUCUCUAACCUAUGAUUCCUUGUCAGGGAUUUGGAAUGGCAUCCUCAGGAGAUUUAUUUUUGGCUCUGACAUAGUAUUUUUGUUAUUUUGUAUUACAUAUUCAACAGUUUAAUAUUUUGAUGUAUGUUGCUAACUUGGGGUUCAGUGUUGGAUUUUUGUAUAUAAUUGUCCUUUAUAACUUUUUUGUAUGAUCUUGUGUGUGACUAAUUAAAGUAUGUAGAAAGAAUUUAAUAAAAUGUUCUACUUAAAUAA